AUGAAGGCGCCGCGCGCACGCGACGCCGUGGGCGGGGCCCCCACAAUAGCGACGCGCGAGGCGGGCAGCCAGCCAGCCAGCCGCACGCAAACGCCCAGUGCAGGCCGGGCCCCGCAGCGGCGCUUUGUCCGCGGCGCCGCGGGCACCAAGAGUAUCUACGUAGAUGAAGACGACAAUAUCCACCACCUCGGACACGCCACGUCGCAGUACAACCACUCCGCCUGCUACGACAGCGUCGCAGCCAUGUGGGGCGGCAGCGCCGAGCGCGUGGAGGGGCGGCCCGCCCCGCUAUUGGCCGGCGCCGGCUCCGCCCCUCGCGAGCUCGGCCCCGCCCCGGGCGCCCCUCCAGGGAGGAGCAGCACGCGGUCCGUGCUGCUCAGUGUGGCUCCGGCAGCAGCCAUGGACGUGCAGAACUGGAGCCCCCAGGAGCGGCCGCAGCAACACCAGCAGCAGCAGACGCCGGCGCAGGCCGAGCCGCACAUCAAGCGGCCCAUGAACGCCUUCAUGGUCUGGUCACGCAUCCAGCGCCGCAAGAUCGCGCUCGAUAACCCGAAGAUGCACAACUCGGAAAUCUCGAAGCGGUUGGGCGCCGAGUGGAAGCUGCUCUCCGAGACGGAGAAGCGGCCGUUCAUCGACGAGGCGAAGCGGCUGCGCGCCAUGCACAUGCAAGAGCACCCCGACUACAAGUACCGGCCGCGGCGGAAGCCCAAGGCCGGCGGUGGCUUAGCGAUGGGCCAGCAGUCGGCGCUGCUGGCGCCGCCGUCGCUGAAGGCGUCGGCGUUCCCGAGCUUCGCGCUGCCACCCUACUUCCACCACCAGCACCACGCUGACAUGUUCGCGGCGCCGCCCCCGCCGCCGCCCCCGCACCAUCACCACCACCACGCGUACUUGGGCUCUGCCUUCGACGCCGUCCAUCUGUCCAAGCUGGUGGCGGGCGACAAGUCGGGCGCGACGGCUGCGGCGGCCGCGUCGCUCAUCUCGUCCUUCUACUCGUCGCUGUACCCGCCGGUGCGGCUGCCGUCGCCGCAGUCCAAAGCAGGCGCCGGUGCGCCGCCCCCGUCGCCUCCGCCCACGGCGCCACUGGGCUUCUUCCCGCCCCCGCCGCCUCCGCCGCUGCUGUACGCCGCCGCCGCGCAGGCCGCCGCCGCCUCCUCGGGGGACGUGGAGCUGCGCCGGCCCGUUCCGGUCAUCUUCUAGUGUGAGUACUCUCCCGUGUGGACUCGCGCAGCGAGAAGGGCGCACUGCCCUGUCCUACCAAAGCCAAACUCUUGUGCGUCAGCACUACGAACGUUGUUACGUUAUCUUGUUAGAUGUCUUCAUUUCUGAAGCCAACGAGUAACCAAAACCAGUCUUCUACUUCAUAUUGUCUCUUUAAUUUUCAUCAGCUGGUACCAGCAGUACUAUACUGCCUCAUCAUAACUGUGUACGUUUCCCUAAGUUCGCAAUGUUAAGUAUUUGUUGUACAUAAAGUGUCAUUAAAUGGCCUAUAUUAAGUUUACAGUCUGGUGCCUGCGCAUCCCUAAGAUUGCGCUUUAGAGAGUUACACUGGAGACAGCUUUACCUUGCUUUUUCAUAAGAAAUGUCAUUAUUUGUUUGUAUCCACCUUACGCUCGUGUAGCUCUUAUAUUUGUUCUUCUUACGUUCCCAUCAAGAUACCAGAGAAAAAAAAUCACACAAAUAAUGCUCUCGUUCAGCUGCAGUUCGCUGGUUCAUCUAACACACUGUUAUGCACCUAAGAGCUCUCCACUGCCUAAACGUAUGGUUGCUAGCAGUUAAUACAAAACUUAAUCAUGUUUGAGUUAUUCUUGGGCUAACUAUCAUUUUUGUAUUUUUGAAACUAACGUCAUUUUUUUAGCAGUUGCCUCAUUAAUACUUGGUUUAUUUAUUACUCCAAUAUUCCAUGAAUGUUAUCUGUUUGAAAAUUCGGAACUCCACAGUUAAGUUGUACAGUGUCACUUUGUUUUGUCCUCCAUAAAACGGUCUUUUCUCAUUACUGCAACAACUAACAGCUAGGCCACCUCUAAUGACACACAGUACUAAGCUGUUCCUUUAACAAUUUAUGCACAAACCACAGUCCUGUAUAAAACCCGUGCUAUUACAAAAUUUAGUGGAAGAACGAAAGUUACUUGCUGUGCGCUAUAAAAGCUUAUUUCUUCAGUAAUGCUCCGUGCAGUUGAAUUUCAUUCGUUUACUCUGGUACCAUGCAAAACAAUAUGUUAAUCUUAGGUCUCUUUACAAUGAGAUGACAAAGUUUCCAUCAUUUCGCAAUAUGCUCGUAUCUGACCAAAAUCACAAUACUUGCUUCUAAAGUUUGUUUUAUAUUUGUACUGUAAAUAAUUUAACGAAAUUCGUUUAUUUUAUUGUCUGUAAAAAAAAUUACGGGAGUAAUAGUAUUUAUUACUGAUUUUGUACAAAUGAUAUGAAAUAAUUUUACGCUGUUAUAAACGUAGAAAAAUGUGUGCGUGUGUGUCUCUUUGUUGUCAUUAAUGACAGCAUUGUUCAUAACCGUUUUUUUUUUCACGAGAUCGCAUAAUGUUAUUACUGUUAGUUAUACUAUGUAGUUACCGUCUUAUAGUGAAUUAUUACAUUGUACUAUGCAAAAUGAAAACACUUUAGCUUUGAGAUUACUUCGUGUUCAUCAGACAAUGCAAAAGUACUCAUCAGCGGCAAAGCUUCACUUGCCCGAUCAUUCACAGCAGUUAUUCGAAUAAUUUUGUGCCAUACUGACUCUGGAUGCCAUUUGUAUGGUGGUGUUGACGUGCAUAAUUCAUGCACCUUCAUGUUGUAUUACAGUGUGCAAUUUUGUUAAUAAAAGGUAUGUUUAUACAAAAAUCUGUGUUGUCAAUUGCUUUCAUAUUCUUUCCUGUGUCAUUUUUACGUCCAUCCUUAGUUUAGCAAAAAUUCAGCAAC